CUUGUCUUUCCUGAAGAAUAAAUCUAACUUCGUUGUCAAGUAUAAUUGCCAUGUGAGUGAAAUAGUGUUCAUUGUGAUGGCCCAACGAGUAGAAAGUGCAAGUUCAACAAGAGAUAUUAUAAGAAGUCGUCCACGAGAGUGAAUAUUGAUGGCUUGAGCGACUGAGGGCCUACAGGAGAGUCUCCAAUUAUUUGAGCAAUCUUUUGAAGCGACCGCUUUUUUUUAGGUGUGAUCCUUGUGUUGUGAUAGAUACUACACCCAAGUAUGCGGUACCUCCGCGUCAGUUGACCUCUUUCUACGUUUUGGAUAUUUAAGUACCUAGGUUUCACGAUUAGUUAGAUACCGACGCAGAAAAAAUCUUUAAAAGUACUGAGCAAGUACAACGAAGUAUAAUAGGACAGAUUAUUGAUAUUCUGAAGAGUUUCAUUCGAAGUCAAAGUCAAUUGUCGCUAUGCAACACAUUCGGUUUCGUGUUUCUUUUAAUUUAGAUGUCAUCGGAAAAGCGCAGGAACGACUAAUUGUACGCGUUCCAUGGCUUUUUCGCAAGUAACUGAACCCUUAAGGACGUUGUGCCACUAUGUAUAUACAGAGAUACCACAUAGAAGAGAAUUUAAUUUGUGUACAGUGUGCGUGUGUGUGUGUGUGUGUGCAGUGUUGAUUAAAAUUGGACAGGCUUUCACUCCAAAGUUUUAAUGUAAAAAGCAGCCUGCUUGAUUGUUUACUUCUACCAUAAGGAGCAACGAAAGAUGUCGAUGCUUCACCUGUUAAUGUUAGGUGACGUGAACGAGGAGUGCCUGUCUUGGCAAGCCCGUUCGAGCAUUCUAGCGGCUGCUGUCUGCGGACUACUAUUGUUGUUAUGAAUGGCUCUUCCGAGAAGGAAACAGCACAGAUUUCUACCUGCAACAGCCUAGUAUGUAACAGAGGUUUCUAACUCAUCAAAGACUCAAUUUCCUUGUAGUUUUGCGGCGGUCAAAAAUAACGUUUGUGAGUUUCAUCUUCUAAUCUUUCUCCUUGUCGUUGGCAAGCUCGGAGUGGACAUGGGAUACGCCAACCUGUUUGCGUGGCAUCCAAUCUGCAACGUUACUGGGUUUCUUUUCAUGUCCGCUGGCUAUGUUUUGGUUGCAGUACCACGCAUGCGCUUCGGGAGUGAAAACACGAGGAAAUAUUUGCAUUUGAGUACUACUUCGGAGUUUGGGCUUGCUCGUGAUGAAUCUGAGAAGCUUCGAUCGCCAUCACCACCACCUACCUCACAGUUUUUCAAAUACUAUACCUCGUGGUGAUUCUUCGCACUAUUCCACUUCACAGGUUUUCAAUUACUAGUACCCCUCGUGUUGAUUCUUCGCAUUAUUGUACUUCACAGGUUUUCAAAUACUAUCCCUCGUGUUGAUUCUUGUGGGUGUUAGUUUUAUUUGGCGAAAUCACGCAAAGAUGGGCAAAAGCCAAAUCGGAUACAACGGAGGACAGUGGGACCCAUUUUUGCCGAACUUGCUGCAUUUAUGAAUCCGACGUGGUUUUCUAAUCCGAGUGAGUCUCGCUAUAAAAAGCGAAGAGAUCAUGCAGAUACUGAUACUGCGUUUUUCUCAUUAUCACCGCGUGGUCACCGGUAUGACCACUAGCGAGCAAGAAAAAUCUCAAUCCCAACCAUACCUCUAAUCAAAAUGCUUUCCGGCUAUACUCUUCUCGCCCUUCUGAUCGUACCACAACUCGCCGGCGGCGUAGGUAGAGCGAUUCCUAGUGCGAUGCCUCCACUUCCUAGCAAAUUGGAGUGGCCGUCUUGGUCUUUUGAAGAGAAGCAAGCAGCAGAUGCCGAAAGAGGCUUGCUUACUACACCGGCAAUAAGUGCUGGAGGAGAUGGUGAAAAGAAAGGAACGGCGGCUGCGGUCAUGAGGAAAGUGGGAAGCUUUGUGAAAUUUAUGGCAACAUUUGCAUUUGGUUUUGAACUCACUUGUCUGAUUAGAAAGGUCUAAAAAUACAACGAAGCCGCCUAUUUCUCUCACCUCUCAAUUCUACUCCACCAUGCCCUCUGCCCCCUUCUAACCUCUGUCUCUACGGCGUGGCGUAUUGGCGACAUAAGAAUAUGGCACUUGUGAUCUACUCGCUGUGUGUCUUGUGCCUGCUGACUGCACCAUGGCCACCGACGUGGGGCUUCGCCUCAAGUAUGACCAUGAAGACGCUCUCUCUGAUGACAGCGACCGCAGUACUGCUUGCGCGAUCAGGUUUAGGUGCAGGGAUAAUAUAGUGAACAAGUUUUGACGUUGCGGGUGUGCAGAUUAUAUGCCAUUAUUUAUACGUUCUAGUCGACAAUAUGAAGAGCAUCUGAUUCAGAAGCGAAAUAAUCAUCGUCAUCUCACCCCAUAUUCAUCAUCAUAGCUACAUUUACGUAGGAGAAUGAGAAUUUCGAGAUUUCUCUCUCCUAAGGAUUUAGAAUGUAGUCUGUUUAUUGACUCCACAAUAUUGUGAACAACGAUGAAGAUGAUGUUCAUAGCGUUCUCUAGGAUAGCGCGCGCGUAGUGAUAGUGUCAUGACGUUUGUGUGACCAUUUUUCAGUGUUUGAUGCUUUAAUGAGCAACGACUGCGCCACAGCCGUAGUUGUUAGUUUUCAAUGAGUCAUCAAUAUUAUAGGGAUAGAGUUUUUGCUAGUACGUACUUGUGUAGAAUAGUACGUACUAGUGUAGAAACCCUAUCAUACUAUAUAUAACUCUCACAGAAGUUACCAACUGCUCGUAUGCGUAUCGUGUGUAGUGAUGGAUCACAGAGCAGGAAACUUCUGUAUGUGUGAAGUAAUCGUGUGAACAUCAAGGAGUCUCGACGAGGUUGGUCUGCAAGUUUUCACAGGAUGAAACUUAAAGUUAUCAUGUGGCGCUCGCUAUGCGGAA